ACAAACCUUAUCGUCAGUAGUACUAUUCUCAAACAAGGUCAGAAAAAGAAUGAUGAAACUCUUUUUUAUUUUCAUUAUCGCCGCCCUUCUUCUGCUGCAGGCUAUUUCAGAGGCAUCGCCGAUCCAUAAUGCUGGAAAUUCUCUUAGCCCUAAUAUUCAGGUUCAUGGAGGAAAUGUUGGUCAGGUAGCUCUCCACAAAAAGAACCUUCCAAAGAUAAAUUGCAAUCAGGCAUGCUUGAGAAGAUGCAAGAAGGCUUCAAAGAAGAAGAGAUGCAUGAGAGCAUGCAAAGCGUGUUGCGUGAGAUGCCACUGCGUUCCGCCGGGCACUUAUGGCCAUAAAAGUGUGUGCCCCUGCUAUGCUCGCCUCAGGACCCAUGGACACAGGCUCAAGUGCCCUUGAACCAUAUAUAUAUAUAUAUACACAUACAUACAUACAUAUAUAUUAUAUUCUCUCUCUCUUGGAGAGAGAUCUACUGAGAAUAAGAACUAUACCACGUGGAUUUAUUUGGAUAUAAUUCGCGUGUUCUAUAUAUAAAUGCAUUUCUGUUUGUUAUGGACUAAAUAAUAUAUUGUGAAAUAAAUUCGAGAGGGAUAUAUGAUCAUGUUGAUGAUCAUAUAAUAAGUAUGUGGACGUGCCUUUCUUAUAAUUAUAGAGUAAAUGUGAAAGAGCCAUUUUCCGUUAAGAGUACUGUUGGUUUCUGCAAUUAAUUAAGUUUUAUUUAUGCUUUUUCCCCUGAAUUGUAGUAAAAAAAGAUUUGAA